AUGGAGCGGGCAGCCCCGGCAGCGGUCGGGUGGCCCUUCCCGCGGGGGGCCUGGCUCGACGCAGCGCUGAACGGCGAGCUGGUGCCGGGGCUGCCGCUGGCGGCUGGAGCUCGGGUCCUGGCGCGGGUCAAGGACGACUUCGGGGCGCCGCAGGGCGUCGAGAUGCUCGAGGUGGAGGUCGCCUACCAGGCGGACGCAUUCGGCCGGUACUUCAAGGGCCGGCAUGUGGGCGCCAGCGACCCGUACUUCUCGUGGUAUGCAGCCUCCUGCGGGCAGCGGGGCGCGCGACCCCUGGCCACGGUCUUCCACCUCUGCAAGUGCAGCGCCGACGAGUGCGGGGCGGUCGCUCCUGUGGGCGCAGUGGUCGAGCACUUGGACGUGUGGCAGGUGGUGGACCCCCGCGACGUCGCCCGCGAGCAGGCGAAGCUCAUCUGCCCGGCCGCGGAUCCUGGAGCGCUUGUGAUGACCGAUGCGCCCACGGCCGAGCCAUUGCCUGGAGAGCUCGGCGGCUGGCCGCUCGGGGAUGGGGGCAACGAGGACGAGGAGGAGCCACGCGGGCCGCCGCGCAAGCGGGCCCGCGAGGUGGAGGGCACCCCGACCCCAGGCGGACCAGGAGAGGCGAGCCCUCUCGACCAGGAGAUUGCAGGGCUCGAGGAGACUGCCGAGGACCCAGAGCUCGAGGCGCGGCUGGCGCGGCUCGGGGGCAGGGCAGCUCGUGGUGUGCCGAGGCAGGGCACGCCCAAGAAUGCUGCGCGCCCAGCAGGAGCGGUAGGCGAGCGCCUGGCGCAGGUGGUGGCCGGCCGAGCCGCCGCUGCUGCCCCUGCGCGCACAGGCGCCGCUGGGUCGAGGAGCAGGCCGGCAUCAGCCUUGACCGCGGCGCUCCUGGGCCGCGACGACGACGACGCGGAGGACGGCGCGGAGAGCGACACGGAGCGCCUUGGGGGCCGCGACCGCUACCAGGGCGUGAACAUCAAGCGGGACUUGUUCCGCAGGAUCGCUCGGCAGCGGCCCGGCGCUCUCCUCGAGAACGGGCUUGGCCACCUGCGCAGCCAGUUCACCCAGCAGUUGUCCGCAGGCGAGGCCGACCCUCUGGCCCCGUGUGCCACGCAGUUCUUGAACACGGUGUUCUUCGUUGCUCACCCGCCGCGGACGCUGGGGACGGACGAGGUGCGAGUCCUCCGCACGCUGGGGCUGGCGCUCGACGGAAUCCUGCGCGGAGAGGUCGUCGAGACUGCGGAUCUGCUCAUGCAGGAGUUCAAGGCGCGGACGAUGGCCAUCCGCGACGGGAACUGGCGGUCGGCACGGUGGCUCACGCUUGUCGCACAGGAACAGCUUCCAUCAGGCGCCUCUCUGGACGAGGAGAACGCUGCCGAGAAGGUCGAGGCCCGGGAGCUGAAGGCGAUGAGGAUCCUUGCCGGACGAGUUCCAGGCGACGGUCCCGCAGUUCCCCCCGCCGGGAAGAAGCAGCCAGCAGCGCGGAGGGCCAGCCGCAGUCCCACGCGGUCGGUCCAGCUCCUGAGCGACUCCGAGGGGGACCCCGACGCAGCAGCCGCCGCCCGCGUGCCACCAGCGGACGCGGCAGCAGGCCGGAGCUUCGCGCAGCACAAGGCGGCCCACCCGAGGCGCGAGGGCGAGACCCAGGCAGCAUGGAAGGCGCGCAUCGGGAGGCCGCUGGCUGCCAAGAGCCGCGGCAAAGGCAAGACGGGGAAGAGCCGCGGCACGAGCGCUGCUCGCAGGACGGCCUGGGCCGCGGCCCCGAGCAUGCCCCUGCCUGCCCUCCGCCCGCCUGAGCGGCAGCUACGCGGCAGCUCGCAGGCUCGGCGGUGGCGCCAGAUGCUAGCCGAGGUGGGCACGGGCGUCAGCUCCAAGUUCAGGCUCGCCCUCGCGGUCCACGAGGCGGUGCACGGUUCGCCAGGGGCGAUCGGGCGGCACGUUCGUAAGAUGUGCACUUCGCCAGACCCCACGGCCAGCUUCGCGCGGCUGCGCGAGGUGUUGCCGUUACCGCUGCCCGACGCCCCGCUCUUCGAGAGGUACCGUGCCGCCUGGUACCUGCACCAGCAGCUGCCGGAGACCUGCGAGGUGGACGCCGCCACGGCGCAAGGGUGGGCCCAGCUCGUGGUCUUCAGCCUGAACUACCAGUACACGGGGCACAUGCGUUGUCCAACCGUCGCCGCAAGGCGGCCCACGGCAAGUCAGAUCAGUGCGCUCGGCAUUGUGCAGGAGGCCUGUGAGUAUUUCGUUCAGGAUGCCGCCACAGCUUUCGAGCUCCCGGACUGGGACCAGGUCAUCGCGUCGAGGACCGUCUCCUACGGGGGCGAGGAGACGUCCCGCGCCUUGCCACUCUCGCUUGCGGGCAUCAUGCCAGGCCUCCCCGCGCGGGGCGUCGCCGCCUCUGUCAAGGCGGUCGACAUCGCGGACGCUCAGGUGGGCGCCUGGCUUGCCGACCCCACGCUGGCCUUGCUCCCUCGAGAUGAGUGGCCUGCUGAGGUCCCGCGGGCGGCGAUCCAGGUCACGUCCAAGCAGGAGUGGUACAGUAUCGGGACCAAGCUCGUCGAGCUGGGGCUGGCUGCGCCGAUCGCCGACGACCGCAUCUUCAAGGUCGGGAACCGCAAGGUGCUCGCCGGGGCGUUUGGGGUCGCCAAGGGUGGCACGCCGUCACCUGGCCAGGCGUGCGUCCAGCGCCUGAUCAUCAACAUGGUCCCGGCCAACAGCUACCAGCGCAUCAUGAGGGACGACAUCGGGACCCUUAGCGCGUCGCCCUCGUGGGUCGCCAUCCCGCUCCCAGAGGGCCACAUGCUGCUCUGGUCGUCAGAUGACCAAGCCUCCGCUUUCUACUGCUACGAGCUGCCCGAGGCUUGGCAGCCGUACAUGGCCCUCGCGGAGGCGAUCCCGAACGAGCUCAUCGGCGUGCCGGGUCCUGGGAAGACACACCUCGCGCUGCGCGUCAUCCCGAUGGGCUGGAUCAACGCGGUCACGGUGUUUCAGCACUGCCACAGGCGCCUCGGGUUCGGCUCUCGCCCCCUCGCUGCGGGGUUUCCCGCGGAGCUCAAGUGGCGCAAGGACCGACCACUUCCGUUCAAGUCGAAGGAGCUCGAGCAGCAGUGGAUCCAGUACUACAUCGACGACUGGGACCAUGGCGAGGUGGUGCCCAACGCGAUGGUCGCGGAGCUCCUCGGCACGAUGAGCUGCGCGCAGGAGGAGCAGAGGGCCGCCUACGGCCGCUCGGGGAUCAGCGUCGCCCCCGGCAAGGCCAAGCACCGCGCGCUGGUCCUGGAGCGGAUGGGCGCGGGACUUGACGGGGCCGUCGGCCGGGUCGGAGUCACAACCGAGAAGCUUCACCAGCUGCUGGCGUUCAUCCUGUGGGGCAUGGGCAGACAGGGCCUCUCGUCGCAGGGCAUGCUCAUGAUCCUAGGCAGGUGCGUCAGGGCAGCGGAGUUCAGGAGGCCUUUCAUGGGGUUCCUCAACAGCGUGUGGGCUGCUGGGCGCUGGACGCGCCCGCAGGCUGUUCCCCUUGGCAUGUGCGACGAGCUCUUGGGCUUCGCGAUGGCGCUGCCGCUGGCAUACACCGACCUGCGCGCAAGGAUCGACACUUGUGUCAUUGCGACCGAUGCCAGCGAGCGCGCCGGGGGCAUCUGCCACACGGCCGGGCUCUCGGCGCAGGGCGUUGCCUGCGCGAGAGGGGGAGCAUCAGCAGUGACUUUGCGGCCUGGUGCAGUUGCGGCUCCUGUGCGUGGUGUGCGGUGGCGCCCUCGCAUAGUUCUCAUCGAGCUCUUCGCAGGCGCUGCUGGGGCCGCGGUGGCGGCCUCCAGACUCCCGAUCGACGUGAUGGCCCACGUCAGCUGCGAGGUUGAGCCCGCUGCCCGGCGACUGGUGCGUCGCCGCUGGGCGGGCGUGAUUGAGCUUGGCAACAUCGAGGCCGUCGACGCGGCGCGGUUUACAGAGAUGCUGAAGGGCUACGCACGGGACGCCGACUGGGUCGUCUUGACCGCGGGGAGCCCGUGCCAAGACCUUGCGAGCAUCAAUGUCGUGGGGACCGGCCUAGAGGGGUCGAGGUCGAGGCUCUUCUUCCGGGUCCCCGAGCUGAUCCAGGCAGCGGAGGCUGCCUUUCCUAAGCGCACCAUGUGGUUCGUCGAGAACGUGUUCAGCAUGACCCUAGAGUCGAGGGCAGAGUUCACCAGGGCGCUUGGAGUCACGCCCGUGUUCCUCGAUGCCAGGUGUCUCACUCGCGUCAGGCGGCCCCGCCUGUACUGGUGCUCGUGGCCUGUCACGGCGUUCUUGGCGUCCGACGCCACCGUCGAGACCAAGGGUGUGGGAGAAGCCGCGUACUUCAAGGUCUCGCUUGCGGUGGAGAGGCUCCCACUGAGUGCCUCGCUCCUGGAGGGCUGGUCGACACUGGACCCUGAGGCAGACCUCCCUUGCUUCACGAGGCCAAUCCCGCGACGCCACCCGCCGUUCCGGCCCGUGGGCCUCGACCGCGCCUCGGUGCAGGCCGCGGAGCGCUGGGCUGCCGACAGCUACCGCUACCAGGUCAACAACUACGAGGACGGCAGCCUCAUCUGGGACGCGAGGCGUGAGCGGGGCCGGCUGCCCGUGCCUGAGGAGCGUGCUGCUCUGAUGGGGUUCGACCGUCUCUAUUUCCAGGCCGCUGUAAAAGAUAGUGCCCCCGCCGCCGAGCGAGACAGCGUCAUUGAGUCCCUGAUCGGGAAUACGUUCUGCGUCCAGGCUGUCAUGUAUCUUCUCGGCUCGUGGCUCGCUCAGGUGGGGGCGCUAGCGGCCGCCAUCCCAGGCAGCAGCUGCCUCGCUGUGGGCACGUGCGAGGCGAACUGGAACGUGGUCCCCGACUUCCAGCAGCCGGGACAUCACGACCCGCAGUUGGAACGCAGCCUGAUCGUAGAGUUCCUGAGGGUCGCGGACCGCGGGGGCACGGACGUCCGGCUUGACACCGGGGCGCCCUACCGCGCCCGCGCGUGGCCGCGGGCAGCCCUCCGUACGCACCUCUGGGCCUGGCGGAUCGCCAAAGGCUUUCGCUGGCAGCGGCCUGGGCACAUCUCGGCGCUGGAGCUGGAGGCUGCGGUGGCUGGAGCGCGCUGGAGGUGCCGGGCAGUUGAGAACCACCGCUGCCGCUACCUGCACAUUCUGGAUGCCCAAGCGAUCGCGGCAGUCAGCACCAAAGGCAGAUCGAGCGCGAGGGCUUUGCAGCCAGCGCUCCGCCGGCUCAACUCCCUGCUCCUCGCGACGGCAGGGUGCCCGCUGUACGGCUACUGCGACACCGACGACAUGCCCGCCGACACGCCGGCCAGGAGGGCCGCCCCCGGCAAGCGUGCAGUGCCAGCAGCAGCAAAGGUGAGCCGGGUCACGGCCCAGGCGAUGGCGCGACGAGCUGCAGCGAGGUCCCAACCGCUGAGGGAGUCGAUGGUCACGCCACUCACCCUGCAGCGGUACCGUGCGGCGGUCGAUGAUGUCGUUGAUUUCUGGAUCCAGGAGCACCGGCAGCCGCAGACGCCCGCUCAGGUCGACGCUGGCGUGGCCGCCUUCAUCGAGAGCCGUUGGCUGAGCGGAGGAUCUUUGUUUGAGAUUAAUAAUGCAAUUGCAGGCAUCACGCACGCUUUCCCGCCCGUGCGAGGGCACUUGCGGGACAGCUGGCGCUUGGCCAAGACGUGGCAACGCCUGGAGCCAGCUGGGCGGGCGCUGCCGAUCGGGCCGCUGAUUGCGGCAGCGUUCGCAGGGGCAUUUGCGGCCGUGGGCCAGCUCGGCGCUGCGGCGGUGCUGGCAGCAGGCUACGGCGCUUUCCUCCGGACGGGUGAGAUGACCUCGCUCGUGUGGUCCGAUGUGCAGCUGUAUCCACUCCGCCAAAUGGCCGUGCUGCAGCUGCGCAACACCAAGAGCCAGCAUCAGACUGGUGCCCGAGAGUUCGUGCUCGUGCGGAGCGGCGUAGCGGUCGCCCUCCUUGCCAGGGCAAAGGCUCAGGCGCACAAGCAGGACUUGUGCCUCGGGAUGGAGCCAAGCAGUUUCAUGAGCACCUUUGGCCGCGUGCGUGAGCUGCUGGAGCUGCAAGAUGCGAAGCUCACCCUCUACAGCUGGCGUCGGGGCGGCGCCUCCGCCGACUUCCGCAGCCACGGCUCCAUGGAGCAGACGCUGCUCCGAGGCAGAUGGGCCUCGGCGCGCACGGCCCGCUUGUAUGUUCAGGAUGCCGUCGCCGAGGCCACUCAAUUAAAUCUCUCGCCCACGCAGCGGAGGCGCUGCGGCCUGCUCGCGUCCCGACUGCGAGCAGAAGCGAGAUGA